CAUUAUUUUUUGCUCUUUCUUUCUUUCUUUCUUUCAUCUAGAUAAAGAAGAGGCAACAAGAUGUGGUGAGGUUUCUGGAAGCCAAUCGCAUAGAGUUUGAAGAAGUGGAUAUCACAAUGUCAGAGGAGAAAAGACAAUGGAUGUAUAAAAAUAUUCCUGAGGAUAAGCAGCCCGCGCAAGGCAAUCCGCUGCCACCACAGAUCUUCAGCGACGACCGGUACUGUGGAGAUUAUGAUGGCUUUUUUGAGUCAAAGGAGAGCAACACUGUCUUCUCCUUUCUUGGACUAAAACCUACUUUGGCAUCAAAGACCUACCUGCGUGCAGAGCUUCCACUCCUGGCCAUCUGCAGCACCCCGGUGAGGCGGCAAACGCGGAGCUGGCGGCUCACCUUCACGGCCUCCGUGUUUGCUCCCUCUGGUGACAGCCGGGUGCUUUGGCUUGGGCAGCCCCUGCAGAUGAAAGCACUGCAGAGCUUCUGCAAGGUGCUACGUGGCUUUGAUCCCUGGCGCCACGGUGGGAAUGGCAGUGUGCAGAAUGCCUGCUGGGUUGGACUCCAGGACCUCACCAG